AUAGCAGCCUUUUCCCUGUCUCACCAAGUUCAGCCAGCCCAGGUUGAACAUGCAGAUGACAGUCCAGUCUACUUGGAGGGUGAGAAUGAUCCAAUUGUCCCUCCUUUUUUAUCACCCUUCAUGGAGCGAUUUUAUGGCAAUCCAAUUUUCAAAGAAAGGGAUGGAGACCGCAGAGAUGACUUUGUUGAAUCAAGUAAUGUAAUUAGAGGUAUGACUGAACGUCUGGAGUUAGCAUGUAGAAAACAGAAUCAGGCUAUACAGAAACUUGUUGAGAGUCAAGCAGAAUCUUCCAGAUGUCAAGAAGAGAUAAUUAGACAAUACACGGUUGAACUAAGACAGAUUUUUGAAAAAGGCACUAGGGUGAUGCGUGAAACUAGAGAUGAGAGUCGCAGAACACUAUAGGCUAUUUCAGAACAAGUAGUUGAGCAAGUGCGACAGCCCAGACCUGAGGUCCCUCCUCCAAUUGUUGAAAUGCCCAGACAGAUUCAGGAAGCCCUAAUCCCAACACUCAGAAGGCAAGGGAAUCAGCUUCAUCCCAAUAUUCAACAGUAGAAUUUUUUCAUUGGUGAAGGGCAAAGACAACACGAAUUGAUGGAGGCUACUACUCCUGUUGCAGACCAUGGCCAUCAACCUCAACAUAGGUAUAUUCCGCCAACUAGGAAGGAAAAUGUGGGUCCUUAUCGUCAACCCCAUCCAAGGGACUUUUUCCAGCCACAAGUUUCACCAGCCCAACCGAUACAGCACGGUCUGCAAAAUCAACCAGCUCAACUAUUCAAUAGAGAUCAGCUAAUAGAUCUGGUACAGGACACCUAUGGACCAGCCUUGAGGCCAUUGGAAAAAAUUGAUAAGGGCAUCCUGAAGUUUCCAGACAAAACGAAGGAAACCAUGGGAGUAGAUGCAAAUCCUUUUCUAGCUGUGUCUAUUGGUGUGAAUGUUGUAGGCCUGAGGAGUGUUGCCAGAAAUCAUAGUCUGCUUUAUGCUCAAAGAAACCUUGCUGCUGAAGACCUGAGGUGGGUUAUUGAGGCACAAAGAUCCAGACAUAGCAGGAGUGUCAGGUCAGACCGGCAGAGACUCGAGGGGUAAGGAAGGAUCAUUGUGACCAGGAACUUCAGCCCAGAAGGUACCAGACCUCACUCAGCUGGUACUAGAUCUCCAAGAAUGGUUAAACCACCACUUAGGUCGCCUUUUAGAUAAU